AAUCAUUUUAUAAUAAAUCAUAAAUAAUUAUAAAAUAAAAUAGAUUUCUAUAAGUUUUCAGGCAAUAUUUUCAGGUAUUUGUGGACGGCGACGGUGGCAAUGUUUGCAUUUGACUUGACAUUUGUUUGGAUUUUUCAAUCUGUUUUUUCAAAUCACUGUGAAGUGUGAAUCAAUCAAUUUCAUUUUUUUUGUAAAGUUUGUUUGAUAGUUGAUUAUCAAUGAAAUAUUUAUUAUUUAAUAAUCCGUAAAUUGCCGCUACUAACUAAAUAACCAUUUCAAAAUGGCAUCUGACGAGUCCGACGAUGAACCGCUUUCAAUUCUGGCGGCAGCUAAAAAGGAAAACCCUGAAGAGUUCGAAGAUCAGGAUUCGGCUGGAACUAAGACCAGAUACGAAGAAUCCGACAGUGAUUACGAAGUGCCUAAAAAGAAAAAGAAGAAGAAGAAAAAGCCUCCGCCCCUUAAAAAGCUAGGCGUUACUAUAAAGAUCAAUCGUAAAUUGAACACUAUCAUUGCCCCACCCGUGAUAGCUAGGCCCACUGAUGUGUGGCUUUAUUUGAAGGAUCUGAACCCAACCGGCCCUUACAGCUGCUUGCUGUGCCCUGACUGGUUCAUAAAUAGGUCCAAAAUGAUUCUACAUUAUGCUUUGAAUCAUAAGAAGGACUAUUGUGGGAUUUGCAGAUACUUUGUGCCAGACAGAGAAGCCUGGUAUGAGCACGAAAAGUUUCAUUCACCAUGGCCAUGCUCGCAAUGCGUUGAGACAUUCCCAACCGAACAGCUACUACGUAAUCACCUCAAAUCUGUACACAACCUAGUUCAUUGCCGCCUAUGUCACUUCAGAGUCACCGCUGAUGCUGACUACAAUUCCCAUUUAUUCCAAAAGCAUGGGGUGACAAACGUAGCUUCAAAGGACGAGGAAUUCCUCUGGGAAAUAGAUUCAGAAUACCCUGAUAAAUUUCUCUGUUUACUAUGCAUUAAAUCUGAAAACGUAUCACCGUUUAGUGUAACAACAUUUUUUGGCCAUUUUAUGGGUAUUCAUCACUUUACUUUAAAAUGUUUGGCAAAUAUUAUAGCAGGGAGAGAUACACCUUUUUUAGUCAAUGGAGCGGAAGUCAGUGAUCGUUUCCUUCAACAGCAGUUAAAAGAAUAUGGUAGACUUGGAUAUGUAGAUCUAGAAUCAAGGAGUUUCAUACCGUUUCAGGAGCCAGUAGAAUUCAAACCAAGUACAGUAUUAAUACCAGAGGUUAAAGAGGAGAACCAGAGUGACACAGAUGAUAAAGUAGAAGAAAAAGGAAAUGAUAAUGAAAUGAGUGAAAAGGAUGAGAAUAGUCAAAACGACGAAACCAUAGACUAUCAAGGCGACGAAGACUUUGAUAUAACCCACACAGAAGUCAUACUCUUUGCAAAAUGCUAUCACGAAUACAUAGACAAGUCUCUCAAUAAUAUUAACAACAAAACUGUACCUGUAGUCUCUCAUAUAGAGUAUGGAAUGAUGACAGGCGACAUUGAUAUUGACAUUGAGUGCUCUGUCUGCAAAAGUAAAUUCGAAAAUGCCCAAUCGUUUACAACACAUUUAAAUAAAAUGCAUAGUAUUAAAACUGUACCUUUAUUUUCAUGUAGAGUAUGUGCAACAACCUUUGACACAUAUACAGAGUUAACUAAACACAUUACUGAGGAGUUAGGUGACUUUGAAGAUUUAUGGAUAUGUCAGUUUUGUGACAAAGAAUUUGACAAUAGAGAACAGUGCAGAACACAUUUGACCGAGCAUUGGACAUCUUUGGAUUUUGACAACUGUUUCAGUCCACACUUAGGAUUUAAAUGUAAAUACUGCCCGAUGUUAUUUUGGAAUGAAACAGAGAGGGAAACACAUCAGACUAGAGUGCACUUCACUAAAUAUAAGGAUGAAUUUUAUAAAUGUGACAGUUGUUCUACAACUUUUAGUGAUAAGGUAUGGUACAUUCACCAUCAUGUAGAAAACCAUUCAAAUGAAGAACAGCCGAUCUAUUUAAUUAAGUGCUGUCUUUGUUGCACAGUGGAGCCUAGUGUGGAUAAAAUGAGGAGCCAUUUUGAAGACCAGCACCCGGAGAUCAGAAAACUUUAUUGUUCCUUAGACGCUUGUAUGUUCAAACCUUUGAGUCACAGAAAGUCAUUCAAAUUACAUGUGAAGAUGAUCCAUGGCCCAUCAGCAAAGACGGACAAACCAGUGAACUGUAAUAUAUGUAGCCGCGAGUUUGUGAGUGCUCGCUCGUGUAGCACUCACAUGGCGCAAGUGCAUGGCCCGGGCAAGUUCAAAUGCAAGCUGUGUCAAGAAGUUCUGCAAACUAUUGACGAAAGGAAACUCCAUUACCUCCUCUGCCACCCCGGUCGUCACCCAUUCGAAUGCAACGAGUGUGGCAAGUCCUUCCAGUACAAGUCAUCCCUGUACAUGCACAAGCAGGACCACCUGCCCAACAAACAGAGCUACACUUGUAACUACUGUGGGAAAGUAUUUGCAAAAAAGGAUUCAUACCGCGAGCACGUACAAAUCCACGAGGGUCCACGACACGCGUGCUCGUAUUGCCCCAUGCGCUUCGUGCAACGCUCCAACAUGUUGCGACACGAGCGCCGCCAUACGGGCGAGCGGCCCUACCGCUGCACGCACUGCCCACGCGCCUUCGCGGAUAAGGGCGCUUGCACAGCCCAUACCAGAACGCAUGUAAGAGAUACUUCAUUCGCUUGUUUGUACUGCGGGCAGACGUUUGUCCAGAAAUCCAAGCUUACAUACCAUAUACGGAAACAUACAGGUGAAAAGCCUGUUUCAGACCUGGAGUCAUGCACAGUGUGCUCGAAGGUGUUCACCAGCGCGUGCGCGCUGCGGGAGCACAUGAAGACCCACGUGGAAAAGAGACAGAUUGUCAAGUGCCCUUUGUGUGAUAAAGGCUAUCAAGACGAGCGUUACAUGCUCCGUCACUUGCGCACCAUGCACACCCGGGCGCAGUUCUCUUGUCCACUGUGCCACAAGCUCCUAACCAGCGCCGCGGGGUUGAGGCACCAUGUUAUUACUCAUAGCAAGAUUAAUUCAUUCCGGUGUAAAUGUUGUCCGAAAACCUACGCCGUAAAGAGAACAAUGAUAAGGCACCUACGUAAACGACACGGCCUUAGGGGCACAGAGGUUGACUUGAAAGACUACUUCACCCGGAUAGAACCAAGGGAUUGCAAACUUAACCUCGACGAAGCAACCAUGACCAGUAUAUUCGGACCUCCCAAAAUGAAAGUCCCCAAUUUAUUGAUUAGCAACUUUGUAAAUUUCGCGAACCAACCCAAAUUGGCUGAUAAUGCUGCUGCUACUGAUGAAGGAGAUGAGUCAGAGGAAGAGAAUGAAAAUGAAAAUGAAAAUGAAAAUAAUGAUGCAACUGAAGCUAAUGAGAGUGAAAAGGAAAGCAAUGAUGAAAAAGAGAAAGAGCUACCAAUAAAAGUAGAAGUACAGAGUGGUGAUGAGGAAUUAGAGCCGACAGACUUUGUUAGUGUAAAAAUCGAACAUAUCGAUGAAGAUUAAGAAUAAUCGGGUCAAAUAACUGUCAUUUUGUAUGGCACCUGAAAGAAAUAGACAUAAAAAGCUGAUGAACAGCUAUUAGACAAAAAGUUUAGGAGGUGUAGAUAACAAUUUCGAUGAUCUCAAUUUGAUAAUAAAAUAGUAAAAACAGUUCAAUAUAAGGGGGGUGGGGAGAGGCUGAUAUUAAAAAUAUGAUUACACAACUACUUUACAAAAAAGUGUGUAAUUCAUUGUAAAUGUAUUUCUUUCUUGAGUAUAUUUCAAAUUUUGAAGUGCUGCUAUUGAUUCUGGAAGUGUUUUUGUAUAGAUUUUAUUGAUGAUUUAUAUAGAGAAUAUUAUUGUAUUUGUAAAAUGUAUUUUUUUUUGUUAUAAACUCAAUAACGCGUCCGCACUUCUUACGCGUGGGUUUAGGUUUUUAAAAAUCCUGUGGGAACUCUGAUUUUAUGAAAGUAGCGUAUGUCUGUCCUUCUUCAGGAUGCAAGCUAUCUUUGUACCAAUCGCCAAAAUCAGUUAAAGUGGACUGUGAGAGGUAACAUACAGACAGAUAGACUUUUGCAUUUGUAAGUUGUAAUAUUAUAUUAGUAUGGAUUUAAUGUUAUUUUUAGGUUGUAAGCAAUUAUGAUAAUAUUAUAUUAUGUACACAUGGUUGUAAGUGUUUUCGUUGUAUCUGUAAAUAUUUUAUUUAGUUCUUUCGUUUAUAAUUUAAUGUUGGGUGAAUAAAAGUUUUCGCAUAUUGA